AUGGACCACAGCCCGAUCGAUGUCGCAGUCAUUGGAGCGGGCAUUAGCGGAGUGGUCACUGCUGGCCAUCUUCUAGCUGCUGGCAUCAAUGUGACGGUCUUUGAGAGGAGUCAUGCAGCCGGGGGUGUAUGGCUGUAUGACAAGCGAACACCCAUCGAAGCGCAAUAUCCAUCGCCGAGGCCGACUGCGUCGCAAGAGUAUGUUCAAGAUGACAGAGACGAAGAAGAAAGAAAAACGUUGCUACAUGCACCCCCAGGACCGUGUUAUGAGAGCCUCACCAACAACGUGUCUACCCCAUUACUCGAGACAAAGUUGAAUGCCUGGCCUGAAGGCACUGGGCCGUUUGUAAAGCAUCAUGUGCUGAAGACUUAUAUUCAAGACACUUCUCGAAAGGCUGGUGUUGAAAGUGUGACGAAAUUUGGCGCUCGAGUCGAUCGAGUGCACAAGAAUGGAUCAACAUGGGACGUCCAUUGGAGCACUCUGGGUGGCUCAGACCAAGAGGGCUUGGAAGAACAGGUAGCGACAUUCGACUCGGUGAUUGUGGCAUCGGGUCAUUAUCAUACACCUCUUGUUCCGGACAUCAAAGGGCUGGCUGAAGCAAAGACUCGUUGGCCUUCAAAGAUUUUCCACUCCAAGUCAUUCCGUCGCUCAGAGGGAUUUGAAGGAAAGAGCGUGCUCUUAGUUGGAGGGGGUGUCUCUGCCAUUGAUAUAGCCAAGGAAUUGAGUGUGACGGCGAAGAAGAUAUACCAAAGCACCCGAAAUGGUGCUUUUGAUCUUCCGGAGACUGCAUUGCCAUCAAACGCCACCAGAAUCAGCGAAAUAGAAGAGAUUGAAGUCUCCACUCCAGAAGCCUCAACUGAACACUUGCCAUUGGUCGCCCACUUAAAAGAUGGCCACAGCUUGGAAGGGAUCGACGCAAUCAUUCUCUGCACCGGCUACCAAUUAGCCUUCCCAUUUUUGGGCGAGCUCAAUGAUCACAGUCUGCUCGCUACCGAAGCCGACGACACAGUACUUGUGACAGACGGCACUCAGGUGCACAAUCUACAUAAAGAUAUCUUCUGGAUUCCGGAUCCUACAUUAGCAUUCGUCGGCAUCCCAUUCUACACCGCAACAUUCUCGCUGUUCGAGUUCCAAGCCAUUGCGGUCACAGCUUUCCUCUCUGGCGUAGCAAAGCUUCCAUCCAUCGACUGUCUGCGGGAAGAAUACAAAAUUCGACAAAAGGAGAAGGGCUAUGGCCGAAGUUUCCAUUCACUCAAGGACCAAGAGCAGCCUUAUGUCAAGGAAGUUUUGGAAUGGGUGAAUGCUGGAAGGGCCGAGAAAGGCUUGCCGUUGAUUGAAGGUCACACAAAAGCGUGGAUUCAAGAAAGGACCGCUUUGGGCGAAAGACUUAGAUUGAUUCUUGCAGGGCAGCUCCCAAGGGCAGAUGCACUCAAAAGCCCAUUAGCGGUGCAAAUCGCUGUGUGA